GUAGGUAUUUUUGAUUACGAUAAGUAUACAAAGGAAGCGGGAUAUCAGUUAGUUGUGAUAUUGGUUUUGCUAAAGGACAAUGCGUCUAAAACUUGUUUAUAUUUUGCUUUGUGCUGUUUUUGGAAAGUCAGUUGGGCUGUUACGAUGCUACUCUUGCACAUUCUCGUCAGUGGAUUCUGAUCAGUCAUGUCUUACAAUUACGGACAACACGCGCUCGGUGGACUGCCCUUUCGAGUACUGUACCAUCUUCCGUCAGGAGUACAUUGAUCCAUCAGGAGUAGUCGCCAGUUUCAAUCGGGGCUGUGACGAUCAGCCGGACUAUCUAAACCACGACAUCGUCGACGCAAACUUCCGAACGUAUUAUCGAGCUUGCACUAAUGACCUGUGUAAUAUAGGUAACGGUAUUGAGUCGGUGGUGGGAGGAGCUCUUCAACCUAAUCCACAAUUCGAAGGGGACAAUUUAUUAGUACCAGGUACAGCUGGAGGUGCAAAUGCUGUACAUACAACUCUAGUUGCUUUACUUUUUGUAUUAGUAAUGCAUUACAUUGUUUAAUUGAAUAAAAUUAAGUAUAAAACUAAA